GGUGAGUCUGACGUAAUGACGCAUGGUAGAAACACAUUUUGGCGACAACUUCCGUCCAACGUAGUUAGCAUUAGCAAACAAAAUAAAAUACGUUCAGUUGACCGGAUAGUUUGUAAUAUAAUCUGUUAUAAUGCUACCUCUAUCUCUGCUGAAGACUGCACAGAACCACCCUAUGCUGGUGGAGUUGAAGAAUGGAGAGACGUACAACGGACACUUGGUCAGUUGUGACAACUGGAUGAAUAUCAACUUACGAGAAGUCAUCUGCACCUCGAGGGAUGGAGAUAAGUUUUGGAGGAUGCCCGAGUGUUACAUCAGAGGAAGCACCAUAAAGUACCUGCGUAUCCCUGAUGAAAUCAUCGACAUGGUAAAGGAGGAGGUGGUGUCCAAGGGCCGCGGGCGAGGAGGCAUGCAGCAGAACAAACAGCAGGGCAAGGGCCGAGGGGGAGGAGCAGGAGCAGGUAGAGGUGUAUUUGGAGGCCGUGGCCGCGGUAUGCCAGGAGUGGGCAGAGGCCAGCAGCAGCAGGAGAAGAAGCCUGGUGGUGGCAAACCUCAGGGAGUCAAGAACCAGCACUGAGACGAGGGACAGGCAGACAGGUCAGACGUAAGAGAGUGUAGUUUUCACAGAAUAAUAACUCAGUGGAGAUCAUCUCACACAACGUCUUGUAUAAUGGCCAUUACCGCUCCCUCUGUCCUUUGUUUCUAGUUGUGUGUUGUGUGAGUUUGAACUCCACUGUGAGAACUAUGAAUAGUCCGUUCAGGUCAGAAAAUGCAGGGUUUUGUAUUAUCUACAGAUUUCUUCCCCCCUACUUACAGUUUUUGUUAAGUUAUCAAUUUGGACCACCGCCAAAAACCUAUAAAUAUCGUCCAGAAGUUUGUUUUUAUUGUGGCUAGAGACAUUUACAUACAACUGAUUGUACCCAAUUGUUUUUUUUAUGUAUAUCCAAUUGUUUUCAACUUAAAGCACAUUUUAUGCCCUUGGAAUUUGAAAACUUAAGUUGAUUGGGGUAUGUGAGUGAAAAAUACGUAGUUGGUUAAAGAGUCCCAAUUGCGUGUUUCUAAAUGUUCUACUUUUGGAAUUUUAUUUGCAUUUUGUAACCCAAGAAAAUAACUUUAAUUUACUUACAUGAGAAUAAACAAUUUUAUGUUAUACACUGUACUUUAUGUAUGAAAGUAGAAAAAACGAAUUGAAUUGGUCUACAUACAGAAUUAAAAAGCCUUUUGUAACA